AUGUUUUUAUUCCAAGGAUUCUACUCUAUUGCGUGGACACCGUUACUCUAUCUGUAUCCUCCAGAGAUAAUGAAUUAUCCAAUUAGAGCCAACGGCCUCGCACUGUCGACCCUUGUGUUUAAUGCUCUUGCUCUACUUUUGGUAUUUAUUAUGCCGAUCGGUAUUGGCAACAUUGGAUGGAAAAUGUACAUGAUUAAUGGAGGUUGGGAUUGUUGCACGUUUAUAAUCAUAGCUGUAUUCUGGGUCGAGACCAAAGGUAAGAGUCUGGAGGAAAUCGACGCUAUUUUUGGAGAGAAACAUUCUACUAUUAAUAAUGUGGAGGAAGUACGCAUGGGUAGGGAAAAUGUGGAUGUCGACCAAGUAGAUCAACAAUUGCAACAGGAGCUUGGAGGUAUGAAAGAGUAG